GCUAGGGGAAGUGACGUCACAGCGCCAUGGCGGCGGCUCCUUUAGGCAGCUGAAGGGGAAUUUAGGCCCGGAAGAUCCGAGUCCAUCCGCGGCGGGGAGAGAGUGAGAGGGCCCGGCAGCGGCCGGAGCAGGGGCGGCGGCGCUCGGACUGUCCCAUCCGCCCCGUAUUGAGGCGCUGGGAGCGGCGGGGCGGCCGAAAAGCGAUGGUGAAAGCGGGGCCGUGAGGGGGGCGGAGCCGGCAGCCGGACCCGCAGUAGCGGCAGCAGCGGCGCCGCCUCCCCGGAGUUCAGACCCAGGGAGCGGCUGGUAGAACAGGAGCGAGCUGGGCCACCGCCAUGGAACUGAGAGUCGGGAACAGGUACCGGCUGGGCCGGAAGAUCGGCAGCGGCUCCUUCGGAGACAUCUAUCUCGGUACGGACAUUGCUGCGGGAGAAGAAGUUGCCAUCAAGCUUGAAUGUGUCAAAACCAAGCACCCUCAGCUCCACAUCGAGAGCAAGAUCUACAAGAUGAUGCAGGGGGGAGUGGGGAUCCCCACCAUCCGGUGGUGCGGGGCGGAGGGUGACUACAACGUCAUGGUGAUGGAGCUGCUGGGGCCGAGCCUGGAGGACCUCUUCAACUUCUGCUCGAGGAAGUUUAGUCUCAAAACCGUCCUGCUUCUCGCUGACCAGAUGAUCAGUCGCAUUGAAUACAUCCAUUCAAAGAACUUCAUCCACCGAGACGUGAAACCAGAUAACUUUCUCAUGGGGCUGGGCAAGAAGGGUAACUUGGUCUACAUCAUAGACUUUGGGCUGGCCAAGAAGUACCGGGACGCCAGGACCCACCAGCACAUCCCUUACCGCGAGAACAAAAACCUCACCGGGACUGCACGAUAUGCCUCCAUCAACACCCACCUUGGGAUUGAACAAUCCCGACGGGACGAUUUGGAAUCCCUGGGCUACGUGCUAAUGUACUUCAACCUGGGCUCUCUCCCCUGGCAGGGGCUGAAGGCUGCGACCAAGAGACAGAAAUAUGAAAGGAUUAGUGAGAAGAAAAUGUCCACUCCCAUUGAGGUGUUGUGUAAAGGCUACCCCUCUGAGUUUGCCACGUAUCUGAAUUUCUGCCGCUCAUUGCGUUUUGACGAUAAGCCUGACUACUCGUACCUGCGACAGCUCUUCCGGAACCUGUUCCACCGCCAGGGUUUCUCCUAUGACUACGUGUUUGACUGGAACAUGCUGAAAUUUGGCGCCAGCCGGGCUGCUGACGAUGCUGAGCGAGAACGCCGCGACCGAGAGGAACGGCUGAGACACUCCCGGAAUCCAGCCACCCGGGGCCUGCCCUCCACCGCCUCAGGCCGCCUGAGGGGGACACAGGAAGUGGCUCCCCCCACGCCCCUCACCCCUACCUCACACACUGCGAACACCUCUCCGCGGCCUGUGUCCGGCAUGGAGAGAGAGCGGAAAGUGAGCAUGAGGCUGCACCGCGGCGCCCCCGUCAACGUCUCCUCGUCCGAUCUCACAGGCCGGCAAGAUACCUCGCGCAUGUCAACCUCACAGAGAAGCAGGGACAUGGCAUCUCUCCGGCUGCACACGGCCCGUCGGGGCGCCCGCUGCCGUCCCCAGCGCCCACGACACACCACCUACUGA